UUAUAUAAGAAGUCUUCGGUAUUUGAGUAAAAAAAGGUUGUUUUGUGACAAAAGUCGUUCUAGUGAAAAUAACAAAUGUGAUGGUCUGAGACGUUAACUUAUUAGAGAAAGAGAGACGGACAGGGAAAGCGAUACGGACAGGGAAAGCAUCUUGUAUCUAGCUAAGGGAAUAAGGGAUGCUUUCAUGAAAUUUCGUGGUUUCAGACACAGAACAAUAAAGACUAGUUGCUGUUGACUUGCUUGACGAAGACGAAGACUUCCUAUGCUUCGUACAUUUCAGUAGGUUUCAUGGGGGUCGCUGAUUUAGGCAAAUGAUUUAACUAUCUAACUAUACAUAUGACCAUUCUGCUGUCACUCUUAAGCAUAUGCCAGAAAGCUUUAAGAUGACCGUAAAAAACCGGUUUAGCAGCGGCUUAGAAUCGGGGAAUCUUGUGGUGAACUCUGAUCCAGUACACCAGGCAUGGUGUGCGAUUGAGCAACAAAGACAGAUUAAUCCAAAUGCAGAGCCAUCCUUGUACAAUGAAAUCCAACCAGAAAAUCCAAUCGUCAUAGCUUUUGGCACUCCACCUGGCUCACUUCAGGGACAAGAAGGCUUGGUUUCAUCAAAAGAUUUUGCUCACUUUGAAUUUUUGUGCAACAAAAGCAAUCCAGUUUUCUGCAUCAAUGAAGCAGCAAUCAAACUAUUUCAGUCACAUUAUAGUGAUCUCCUCGUUCUGAAAAAUAAGCUGGUAGAGAAUAGCAAGGGCAAAACCCCACCAUUAAUAAUCAUCACUGGACAAUCUCUGGGAGGUAGUAUAGCUACACUGUUCACCUUAUGGUUGCUAGAAGGCCUCAACUUGUCGAAAGCCAAACGCCCAUUUUGCAUUACUUUCGGUUCUCCCCUUGUUGGCGAUGAACACCUUCGAAAAUGUGUGUUAGAAUUCUCAACUUGGAAAUAUUGCUUCUUGCAUAUAGUCUCCAACCAAGAUCAUACUCCUAAAAUCUUUAUGUCCCAAAAUACAACUGGUGCUUAUAAGCCAUUUGGUACAUUCUUAUUAUGCUCGGCUUCGGGUUGUGCUUGCUCUGAGGACCCGGAUUUCGUUUUGGAACAAUUUGUGACAACCAAUUCUCACAGUGCUCAAACUCAAGAUCCUAAUUUGGGGUUCCCCUAUGGACAAAUUUUGGAGGAUCUCAAGCGCAAGGCAUUAUGUAAUGUUUUCAAGUCCAUUGGAGGGGAAAGAGAUCCACUUGAAGCUAGCAUAAUCACACAACUCCUAGCAAUUGGAGCAGUCUCACCGCAGUCCUGUAUGGAUAUCGACAAUCUGGUUGGGAAGAUGAAAAGACAUGAAACAAAGUUAUUAAUUCAGAAGAUGAAGAAUUGGGAUUCUGACAACAAGUUUAAUGAUGUUAAAAUUCACAUGGCCUACUUGGAGUGGUACAAGAAGGAGUCCAAAGAUAAAGGUUAUGGAUACUAUGACAUGUACAGAAAGAAGGAGAAGCCAGCUGACGUUAAGGUUAACGAGUAUAAGAAGAAACUCAUGAAUUACUGGGAGGACUCUGUCACAGAAAUAGAGGACAGGCCAAAGUUAGAAGAAGGAGCUUACUUGCGGCUUCGUUGGCUUUAUGGAGGCACAACCUACAGGAGGAUGGUUGAACCACUUCACAUUGCAGACUACUAUAAGGAUGGUGGGGAAAAUUACCAAACCGAGGAUGGGAAAAGGCCCAAACAUUUUACUCUGUUGGAGAAAUUGCAUCAGGAGAAGCAGGAGCAAGAAGAGAAGAAGAAGGAGCAAGAAAAGAAGAAGCAGGAAACACAGAAACAAGAAGAAAAACCAGAAUCUGGCCCAAGCAAAUCCAAAAGAAAGAACGUGGGUUCUAUUUUGAAUGAUGAUUCUUGUUUUUGGGCACGUGUUGAGGAAGCUCUCAUCUUGUUGAAGAAUGGAGGACUAACUACUGAUGACAAAGGGAAGUUGAAAGAGUUUGAGGACUAUGUGUGGAUUGCUCUCAAGAAUUAUGCAGUGUCACCUGAGAUUUUCUUGAAGAACAGCAGUUUUAUGAAAUGGUGGAAUGAGUAUAAAGGAAUUGUUGACAGCUCUUCAUCGCUCUCGCACUUUAUGAAAAAUGGCGGUCCCAAAGAGUACGAGGAAGGGAAGUUUACCUAGUUUGUGAUCCAAGUAAGGUUUAUGCCUUUGAAAAUUGUGUGUAAUUUGGUGUGUUUUUCCUUCUGUUUUUGUAUUGCUCUCUGUGUUCAGUUUCCAGUCUUUGGAAUUGGUGGUUCAAUAAAUUUGUUGUAAUAGACCCUGUCAAUUCCUGACCCUAGCUUGUGGGAAAAGAUUGGUUUCUUGCUGUGUA